AUGCCGGCGGAGGCGGGGCAGCAGGCGGACGGUGCGCGUUCCCACGGGAUGAAGCUCAGCUGGGACAUCAACGACCCGCAGAUGCCUCGGGAGCCAGAACGUUUCGACCGCUUCUGCGAGUGGCCGGACGGCUACGUGCGCUUCAUCUACCGCAGCAGCGAGAAGAAGGCCCAGCGCCAUCUGAGCGGCUGGGCCAUGCGGAACACCAACAACCACAACGGCCACAUCCUCAAGAAGUCGUGCCUGGGCGUGGUGGUGUGUGCACGGGACUGCGCCCUGCCCGGCGGCUCCCGUCUGCAGCUGCGGCCUGCCAUCUGCGACAAAGCCAGGCUGAAGCAGCAGAAGAAGGCAUGCCCCAACUGUCAUGCUGCUUUGGAACUGAUCCCCUGUCGAGGGCACAGCGGGUACCCUGUGACCAACUUUUGGCGGCUUGAGGGCAACGCAAUAUUUUUUCAGGCCAAGGGAGUUCAUGAUCACCCAAGACCAGAGAGUAAAUCAGAGACAGAAGCUCGAAGAAGCGCUAUCAAGAGACAAAUGGCUUCCUUUUACCAACCCCAGAAAAAGAGAAUUCGAGAACCCGAGGCAGGAGAGAAUCAAGAUAACGAUGGCCAUUUCAGCAACAUACCUUCCCUGGAGAACCCAGAGGAGUUUGAUAUAAUUCCUGACACUGGCUUCCCUGUUCCAGGGCAGCCUUGCUUUUCCUUUCCCAACUCGGAUGCUUACAAGGCUACCUGUGACCUAGCUGCCUUUCAAGGAGAUAUAGUACCACCCUUUCAGAAAUAUCCAAACCCAAGAAUCUUUUUGCCUAGGCCACCCUGCAGCUAUGAAUUGGCAGGCCCUGGUUACACAAAUUCAGGCCCGUAUCCCACCCUUUAUAAAGAUGCCAGCAGUAUUCCUGAUGACACGGACUGGGUUCAUCUGAAUGCACUGCAAUACAAUAUCAACUCCUACGGCAGCUUUGAGAGAAGCUUUGAUUUCACCAGUAAACAGCCUGGCUGGAAACCAGCUCUUGGAAAAGCUGACCUUGGGGCCAGCACUGACCAUGGACAGUUCCAGGCGGCGGCCACUCGCCCUUAUUACAACCCAGAGCUUCCCUGCCGGUACCUCACGACGGCCCCGCCAGCUGCUCCAGCCCUGCAGACAGUAAUCACCACCACCACCAAAGUGUCCUACCAAGCCUACCAGCCCCCUGCUCUGAAAUGCUGUGACAAUAUGCGGGACGUUAAGAGCCUUUCUGGCUGUGACUAUGAUUCUGAAAACACCCAAAUGUCCAUCUACCUGGAAGACUUGGACCUUCCAGCUACAGUCGCCAUGGUAGCCUCUCCAACAGCAUCACUUCCUUUGAAAAUUCCUGGAGACUGCCGGGCCAUCAGACACACUUUGCCUUUUCCUCAAGACUCAGCACCCUCCUGGACAGACGGAGCAGAGACAUGGGAUGUGUGUCCAUCUGGACCGGGGUCUACAAUGGGUUAUUCAGAGAGAAUCAGUCCGUUCUUUAGCUAUGACCAUGAGGACUUUUGA